UUAAUCAAACAUUAAUGUGAUUGAUUAUGCAUCGAAUAAUAAUUAAUUUAAUCAAUCGAUUAAGAUAUUCCUGUGCAUGUGAUUACAUACAUAACCAUUAAUUUUGAUUAUUGCUUUGCCAAUUAUGUUUUAGUAAAAGAAUAUUUUUAUCAAUUAAUAUCCAAUAUCUCAGUUGCUUAUGAGUAGAGGAGGAAGUACUAUGGCUUGUAUAAUUAUAGGGAUUCCUCUUAAUAUUUUCAUUAAGGGGAUACUAAAGCUAAAACUUUACCGACAGUAUACUGACAUUUUUCUGCAAAAUUUAUGUUGUAUUGGUUGUACAGAAUUACAAAUGCUUUUAUACAGGAUGCGUCAGCUAAAUACAAAUUUCAACUUAAAUUUUUCGCCAUAUUUUACUUCAACGCUAAGUUGGUAUUUGUGUCCAAAUAAGCUAAAACAAUAUUCUGAACGAACAUAAUCUCAAAAUGGCUAAGCAGUCAAGAUCGAGCAUGGAAUAUAACCGAAGAACGGCAAUUAUUGAAAGUCUUCGCGCUAGACGUACGCCGGUCAAAAUAAUUGAGUUCUUUAAAUAUCCGAGAUCGACAGUUUACGAAGUUUCCGCUAAGUAUAAGGCUUCGGAGAAGUCCGAAAAAGAUUUCGCAAACCGGUCGAGAAAGAGCCAUUCAAGAGAGAGGUUGGCAAGGAAGUUGUCUAUAAGCUGAUAAGAGCUGAUCGCAGAAGACCCAAGGCAGUCUCAGAAAAUUGGCGACAAUUUUGGGUUUUGAACGAGGCUACCAUGCACCGUAUACCCGAAAAGGACCUACAUCUUCCAACAGGACGGUGCACUAGCUCACACGAGUCAUUUAGUCUAAAACUGGCUGUCGGACAACGUCGACAUGUUUUGGAGCAGAGUUUUGGCCUCCGAAUAGUCCAGAUUUAAAUCCGUUGCACUAUUAAAUGUGGAGCGUGAUUGAAAGGGUCACUAACAAGUCGAGACAUCUUAAUAUGGCAUCUCUCCAGGCUUAUUGAAGCAACAUUUUUCAAUAUGGACAAGCCGGCGUUGCAGAGAGCGUGCAAUCGCUUCAGGCCCAGGAUCGACAUAGUAAUUGCAACAGACAGUGAUUACAUUGAGUAAUUUUUGCUUAUAACGGUUCCACAAAUGACACGAAAAAAGGUUUUUAUGUAAUUUUGUACGUUUGACUUUUGUUAAAUACAUUGUUAAAUACAUUAAAUUUUUGUUAAAUACAUUGUUUAUUUUGUCCGGAUUUAACUGACACACUCUGUACAAUAAAAGUACGUGCAAAAAUAAAUAAAAAUAAAUAGUAACCCAUACAGCAUAAAUGUCCGAAAUACAUCCCAGAGAUAUCAUAUUGUUUCUGGAACGUCUCUGGGAUAUAUUUCAGACAUUUGGUAUUAUAUAUGUAGUAUUGCUCUCAAUAUAUGAUGAAAACGAAAACAAUGUUUUAAUGUAAAAUCUCAAGCUGUCAGCAUAAUAUUUACCUAAUCCAAAAAUUUCGCAAUUUGUGCGUAACGAAAGUAUGCUCCAAACAAAAAAAUUUUUUUAAAUUGCUGUACUUUUGUAUUCAGAAGCUUAAGAAUAUUCGAGAAGUUUGCAGAAAGAUUUCUAUACAUGCAUGGUUAGGUUUUUCGAUGAAUAUAGUACAACAAAGCAACACACAUUUAUGUAAGUUCUGUAUAUACAAAAAAUACGAAAAGGAUAGUGUGAUUGUGUUAGUGACAAUCAUCUAUACGUUAUCAACAUUGUUCGAGUUCGCUAUUGAUUUCAGUAUCUUCGUAAGUGACGGAUUCUACGAUUGACUUGCGUAAUUAUUAAUUGAUAUUUGUGCCCAGACAACCUGACAGUGAUUAUGAGAAAUUCAGACGACAAAAAUCUCCUUUUAUCCGAGGUGAUUACCUGCGGUGUCAUUAUUUACGACAUUACUCAAGAGCCAAAUCAAAUCGAGGAGGCAUGCUGGAUUCUGAAAGAAAUGGUCCACGCGUUGGAAUGUGCGCAGGAAAAGUCGCCGAAAGUUUUCAAACAGCAAGAGCCAACGCGAUACUUUAUACUGAUUUCUACGAUAAUGACGUGGGCUCUUACGAAACCAUUAGAUCUUGCUGAUCCGAAUUUACCGUUCACCGAGGCCGACUACAGAAAACGGAAACCACAUCCGAAUUAUAAGGAGUACAUACGAUGCGAGAGAGAAGUCAUAACUGUGAAAAAGCGUGUUAAUUUGAAGAGCAAUCUGAGAACCUUGGUCAUUUGUUGUGGUGUUACGUACGGCGAAGAAGAAGGCCCGCUUCACUAUCUCUUCAAAAUGGCAUGGCAAAAUAUGCCAUUCUUACCGAUAUUUGGCAAAGGAUAUAACAAAGUACCACUCUUACAUGUCCGCGACUUGAUCGCGUAAGUAAUAAUAAAAAAAAGAACACCAAUACAAGAACGUAUUGUGUUCUUCCUUUAAUGUUUUCCCUUAUUCGUAUCCGAAAUAAGCGAUAUCAGUGUUGUAUAAUUAAUACUCGAUAUUUAAAAAAGAGCGAAAAGAUACCAAUGUAAUACAAAACGCUUUAUAAAAAAAUUUCUGGCUUUUUUCCAUUGUAUUGAGACUUCCUCUUAUUAAUAUCAAUUAUCUCCUUAAGUAGUUAACUCCUUAAGUAGUAUGCAAAAAUUCCGAAAAAUUCGUAAAAUUUCGAAAUAAAAUAUAAAAUUCCUUUUUAUUUACUUAAACUAUUGUAUUUAUUUUUAAUUCCUGACAAGUACAAAUUAGAUAUAUUUUAUAUUCUAUUUUUUCAAUAUUUUUCUAAGAAAAAUAUAUAUGGCAAUAAAAAGAAAAGAAAUGUAGAUAAACUUAUUAAAAGAACCUGCCUUGGGAGGAAUCGCGUAGAUAUUUUAAAUUAACAUCAAAGAGAUUAAACUUUAAUAUUAGUUUUAAUAUUGAAGGUAGAUUCCAUUCAACCAGGACGGCUUAUUUUAUUGGCUUAUUACGUAAAUAAAGAUGCAGAGAGUAAAAAAUAUUAAUUUCUUAUUGAUUUGAUUUUUUUCUAUUUAAUAUCAAGAACUAUAUUCGGUCACAACAUUGAAUCACGACAAGAACAUUCCUCUACUGGUAUUUACAAUUAUAAAAUUUACGUAAUAUCUUGAUAUAUUACAUAUUAUAGAGUUAAUACUCUGUAUAAUAUGUGCUUAUACAUUAUGAGAAUAGUUCAGCAAUAUUGAUUAUUUUAUCGUAUGCAUUGUUUUAAAACAUGUCGUGAAAC